AUGCGUUUGCAGGACUGGCUGGAAUUCGUUGUAUUCCCGGAGGAAGUGAUAUUACAUGAGCCGGUGGAGCGGUGGCCUUUAUGUGACUGUUUGAUCAGUUUCCAUGCCACCGAUUUUCCACUACACAAAGCAAUCGAGUAUGAUCGUAUACGACACCCAUAUGUAAUCAACGAUUUGCGCAGGCAGUACGAUCUGCUCGAUCGAUGUAAAGUGUUCCAAGCAUUAGCACGUGCCGGCAUCGAGCAUCCUCGUCACGGUGUUCUGGUGCGUGAUAACGAGGGAAAAGUCGUGAACGGUAUGAUUUUCAAUAAGCCAUUCGUGGAGAAGCCGUUGUCUGCUGAAGAUCACAAUGUGUACAUAUACUACCCAAGUUCUGUUGGAGGUGGAUCGCAGCGACUUUUCAGGAAGGUACCGGGAAGCUUAAUACCAGUAUUUUUUUUUUUCAAAAAACAAAUUCUCUUUUUCAUUCAAUGUGCUUCAUUUACACAAUAA